GUGCCAGAAGAGUAUAAAGUUGGAUUUGCGAAACCUUAACCCUAGUUGCGCCUCCAUUUUCAGCGAAGAUGCAGAUCUUCGUGAAAACCCUAACCGGGAAGACCAUAACCCUUGAGGUCGAAUCCUCUGACACGAUCGACAAUGUGAAGGCGAAGAUUCAGGACAAGGAAGGCAUACCACCGGACCAGCAACGCCUGAUUUUCGCCGGAAAACAGCUCGAAGACGGCCGAACCCUAGCUGACUACAACAUCCAGAAGGAGUCGACCCUCCACCUGGUGCUCCGCCUCCGCGGCGGCGCAAAGAAGCGUAAGAAGAAGACUUACACCAAGCCCAAGAAGAUCAAGCACAAGAAGAAGAAGGUGAAGCUCGCGGUGUUGCAGUUCUACAAGGUGGAUGACUCCGGUAAGGUCCAGAGGUUGAGGAAGGAGUGCCCAAACGCUGAGUGUGGUGCUGGGACGUUCAUGGCCAAUCACUUUGACCGUCACUACUGUGGCAAGUGUGGGCUCACCUACGUUUACCAGAAGGCCGGUGGUGACUGAAAGGCGGUAACAGUAUCGUGAUUGAUUUCACUAGUUUUGAGUUUGUUGUCAUCUUCGUUUAUUUUAGUUUUUGAGAUGGAUCUUAUAUGGUUAUGAUCGACUUUUGAUCAUUAUUUUAAGUUGUCAAUUCCAUUUUGAGGUAUGAACUUAUUUGGGAUUACAUAAAGUUACGCAUUUGGAACAAAUUUCUAUUCUGAAUUUGAAUCUUCUGUUAUUUAUC